AUGUGUUAGGCUAAGCUAGAUGCACAAGAAGGCAGACUUGCUGCUUUCUCCAAGAAUGCGGAUGAACUUAUCAGGAAUAAGCACUCCGAAAGCCCCUAUAUAGAUAAGCGCCGUAAUGAUGUGAUCGCUCGCCGUGGUGCUGUGCGAAGAAUGGCUGCUGAACGUCGUGCUCGUCUUGAAGAGUCGCUAGAAUACCAAAAUAUGAAGAGAGAUGCUGAGGAAAUGAUGUCUUGGAUUCAUGAGAAGAAGAAGCUGGCCAACGACGACUCCCACAGAGAUUUGACUUCCAUUGCGAAUAAGCUGUUGAAGCAUGAAGCUUUUGAGGCAGAAGUCAAAGCGAAUGCUCCGAGAAUAACGCACAUCAAUAGGCUUGGCACUGCGCUUAUCAAUCAGAGGCACUACGAGUCUCCCAAUGUGGAACGUUUACUGAAACGAGUUAAUGCCGAGUGGGCUGAGCUUUGCGAUGCUGUCAACAAAAAAGGCGAAAAGUUGCGCCAGGCAUCUGACCAGAAGGGUCUCAAUCGCAUCCUUGAAGAUGCUCAUGCAAAACUUGAUGAGCUUGAGACAGUUUUGGGAUCGAAUGAACUGGGUUCGGAUCUGAGAGCUGUCAAGGAUUUGAUCCAGAAACAUUCCGUACUUGAGCAGGAAAUGGGACUGUAUGAGAGCAAGCUCUCCGAAAUCUACAAACGAGGACGAAGAAUGGCCGAAGAAGGUCAUUUUGAUGCAGAUAGAAUAAACUAUACAGUAGCUGCUCUUCUGAAGAGGUGAGA